AUGAAGAGCGACACCGGCACUGGCCGGGUGAAACAGCACCAGCCAGGCAUCGGCCAAGUGGAAGCGCGCUUCCCCACCGAUGAUGAGGAUCCCAUCUCCUUCUCCAUGACUGUCGUCCACCGACUACUGGAGAGGAUGGAACAAAAAGGCGCCGGGCGGAGCUGGAGCAGUUGGGUGGGAGAACUGAGAGUGCAGUGGAUGAUGAGCAUCUUUGAAAUUUCAGGUGUUGCGUGGUUUAAGAUGAAUGUGACAGAUUCUCUUUUUAAAGGAGCUGUCAUUAAGCGCGCGCCGUGUACCAGGCAUCAACGAGACGGGGAACUACAUGCCCAAUGGGCAGCCUUUGAGCCCGCCGCCCGUGAAGCCGGCCUGGUGCGCAACGCGGCGAGACCGCACGGCAAAGGCUUUGCCUUAAACGAGGGUGCCACAUUCCCUUUGUGCUCCUCGAUUGCCGUGAAGGACCGGUCCAAAUCGAUGAAGUCCUAUGUGAUGGACAUCUUUGAGCGCUAUGCCAACGAGUCCAACAUCGAGGGUGUGGAUCAAUACAACGCAUGCUAUGGCGGUCAAGCCUGUGGGCUUUGUACUUUGAGUUGGGUUGAGUCAGAUCGCUGGGACGGCCGCUACGGCAUUGCGGUGGCCACGGAUAUCUCCGAGGCUCAUCCAGGCUUCAUGGCCUUCGUUGGAGCGGCAACCACUGCGACGCUCUUUUUCCCGGACGCGCCCAUGUCUCACCACAGUCAACGCGCCUCCUGUGUGCUACAUCGUUUCGACUUCUGCAAACCGGUUGGCUGGCAUGAUAUGGCACCCAUCACCGAUGGCAAGUACAGUGUGGAGUGCUACCUUGACGCAGGGCAACCCGAGCACAAAGACGCGUUGGAUGCCUGUCAUUCGACCUUGAGGCAGAAGCUGAAUGGACGUGGUCCUUUAGAGGUGACCGACUUGAACGUCUUCCACACUGGCGGUGGUUAUCACAUUGUGAAGAAGGCUUUUGAACGACUUGUACGAGCGGAGCAGAAAGGCAUUAAGCCGGAUGAGAAGGAGCGACUCGUCCAGGAGAAGCUCGCGCCCUCUGUGAGUUUGUUGAAGAUCAUCGGACCCUGCCACACCGUCUCGUCAUUCCUGAACACUUCUUCUGUCAUCAUGAACAAGAUGGAGCAGGCCUUAGGGAAAAUCAUCCUCGUUUUCACGUAUGGCUCUGGUUGUGCAGCGAGCAUGUACCAGAUGCGCGUGGACGAUGUUCCUUUCUUCGACCCCUUGGAAAUCUGGAAGCUACAGUUCUAUCGCAACGCCAUCAAGGUGAGGACCUCAAAAGUGCGGCGGGCCAGGGAGCCAUAA